ACUACUACAGACGGUGCCGUCGCAGGUUCGAGUGGCGAAAGGGUCACAGGUUCGGAAUGGUGUCUGCAUUGCUGUUGCCACGACCGACGGCACCGCUGCUGUUCCGACGACGCGAACCCUCAACCUUGUGUCCCAUACAAUUGCGACACGCCAAAACUACCGGAGCUACCGCUACCGUUGCUUCUACUACCAGGAGUACCAUGCGAACGUAUCGGACAUCGGUUGACUGUUUUAGCAAGAAGCAGCAUCGGUUUAAGUGAUCACCACCACCACCACAAUCAUCAUCAUCAGCAGCAGCAGCAGCACUGUCGCUAUCAUCACCAUUUUUCUUCAGACAGUUGCCAUAACGACAGAGAACAAUGUUCUUUCAGUUUAUUCCACCACCACCACGACCACCACGACCAGCAUCAUCAUCAUCAUCAGAAACAAGAACAGAAUAACAGCCACCACCACCACCACUACUACUACUACCGGCAACAGUGCCACGGUUUCGAAAAGCACUUGUUGCAUAUCCAUCAUCAUCAUCGUCGUCAUAGCAGCGAGCUUUGUAUCAACAACAGCAGCAGCAGCAGCGGUGAUAACUAUUCCACAGAAAUCACAGCUGUCAGGGCAACUACUACUACUACUACUACUACUACUAGUAAUGAUGAUGACAAUACAUCACUCUGCCGGGUGGACAACAGCAGCGACACACGACGGAAUAACUUGACUGCAACUCCCUCGUGUCUCGACAUCGAUGCCGCCGCCGCCGCCACCGCCCUCCGCAACAGCGGUGAUACCAGCGGCACCGGCGGCACCAGUUCUUCAACCAAGGAUCCCAACAGCACAUCAUGGAUUACAAAAAACCACCAUGAAACUGCAAUCGACCGUAAAAUCGACAAAAACAAAAACCAGAACAACAACAAGAGGAAUAAUAAUAAUAAUAAUAAUAAUAUUAAUACUAAUAAUAAUUAUCAUCAACAACAACCUAUUGUUGGCAAAUGUAGUAAAUGUGAUCAAAGUGUCUGUGAGUGUUACAGAUAUUCUAAGCGAGAUCGAAACGUGCACCUUGGGACUUCGGCCAAAAGUGCCGAGGUCGGAAAGAAAACCAAUCGUCUGUCGCAGAUAUUUGUGAAGAAAUCGCCAAAUCUUACACAUGAGAUGUCACGAAGUUGGCCUUUGACACAGAUGCGAUAUCUCACACAGUCUCUAAUGUUCAGAGUGAUACUCUGUCUUAUUCUCAUACCAACUAUCUUAGCUUAUCCGAAACCGAUACUCGUGGAAAAGGCUAACCAGACGAUCGUAGUGUUCCAUACGGCUCCGUGUCGUCCGUUAUCAAGGGACCAACUCCGAAGCCAGCUGGGAGAGGCUUACGACAAAGGCCGAAUGGCUGAGGACGAACAAACGGUGAAGCGAAGCAUUGAAGCGGCGACUUCGAACCCUCGUCGAGAAGAACAGUUGAAUGAUGCUGACAUAGAUGAUGGUUACUUAAGUGACCAACCUAUGAGCAGAAGACGACGUAACUAUGGUGAUACGGAAUUUGGUAGACAAAAAUAUGACGACGACGACGACUAUGAAGAAAAUGAAUACGAUGGUGAUGACAGUGAUUUAGGAGACGAAGACGACGAUAGUGAUGAUGAUGAUGAUCGUGAUUACCAUGACGACGAUGAUGAGACAUUUGAUGAUAACGAUGAAGACGAUGAUAGUGAUGAUGAUGAUGAUGAUGAUGAUGGGUUUAAGGAUGAAGACGACGAUGGCAAUUUUAAACGUAAUAAUAAUGGUAGAAAGAAAAAUAGGAGGAAAACUGGUUCGAACAAGAAUGGGCGUCGUCGCCACCGACGCAGGAAUCAAAGGAUUAGAAAUUUAGGUGGCGGCAAAAUUCGUCGGAAAAGCAGACGAGAACAUCUCACGUCUAAACGGCGACAUUUUUAUUCACAGAUCAAUCACAAAUUGAAACCUCGCAAAAACAAAAGCAGACUUUCAGCAGAUGCCCGCAAAAAGUCCCCCUAUCUUAGAUCGGGUCUUGUUCGUGGCAAGAGAGACGUCGGCAAAUUGAACAAACGAAACCAAACUAGAAAAACUGGUCCUUAUAUCAAAGUAACCAUUUCAGUCAAACAUCGAGGGCGACAGUUACAGCGUCACAAACGAACUGGUCGUGCAGCUGAAAUGUCAGCCAAUUGGCAGUGUGAAAUGGAGACCGACUGGAAACGAAUGGACGAUGGAUAUUUUCCGCCAUAUUUACAAACUGGAAAGUGUAAAUCAAAGUCUUGCUUCUUUGAUUUCUACAGAUGUAUUCCCAAAAGAUAUACGAUAAAAGUUCUCAAAAGAGAUCCCUUCCGCUGUAACCCAAUCCCCACGUUCGGACAAAACACCACUUACGAAGAAAAAUGGAUAUUUGACAAAUAUCACGUGACUGUUUGUUGCCAAUGUGGUAAAGCGAGACUGAGGACAUCGAGACGCCGUCAAAGCAAUCGGCGGUCAAGACCACGUUGAUGUAACGUCUGUUUUAUUACUACUUUCUAUUAUUUUGCAACAUUUAUUAAAAUGUAAUGUUGCCCCGGGUUUUUUUAUUAAUUUAAAAAAUAUAUAUAUACCAAAAAGCAAGCAUACCAAAUUUAAAUAAUUUAAAGAAAACAAGGAUAUGUGUGUGUGUAUGUGUGUGUCUGUAUAUAAACACUGUGUGAAUGGAAAUAGAUACAUAUAUGUAUGUAUGUAUGUAUGUAUAUUUGUGACAGAAACGGAUUGACAGUUGUAUAGCGACAAGGGGGAUAAGGGCGAGAGAAAAGCUUUGAAUGUGAUGCAAGUGAAACGGAAUUGGGCAGAAGACGGUUUGUGAUUGUACAUAAGCGUCGUGCCUAGAAACGUUACAUUUGAGUUAUUCUUCUUGACAUUGGAGAAGAAAACAGGGGACUUAGAUCGCAACACAACACUCACAAAUGCGGCGCGCGAUGGCACACAUUUAUGCGUGUGUGUACGCAUGCAUAUAUGCGUGUACAUAUGUGUCUAUUUCUGUUUGUUUGCAAUUACACUUUUAUAUUUAAAUACAUACAGAUGCGUACAUAUGUAUGCAUGUGUGUACACAAAUGUGUUAAUAUAUAUAUUAUGUAUAUAUAAUGUAUGUAUGUAUAUAUACACGCACCGUUAGACUUAUAAAUAUGUGAACUGUAGUGUUUUUCUUUUUAAUUGCGUAUAUGUGACCAAGUGUUUGUACGUAUGUGUGUGUGUGUGUAUGCAAUAUAUUUAUAAUGUAUUUAUACUUAAAUGUAAUGACUGAAAAUGGUGUAAAAUAAAAAGCGUGGCUCGAGAAAUAUUAACGAAACAUAACAGCAAAACAACUAGCAUGACCGGAAGACAGUAACCAGGGUAAUACACCAGACUGAGAGCCUCGUAAAAUACACCAAUAUAUAUAUAUAUAUAUAUAUAUAUAUAUA